UUUAAAAAUACCUAGCAUCAAAAUUGGUUGGUAUUAUGAGAGAAGCACAUUCUCUAACGAAGCAUGUUUACGACACAAAGUAAACACAAACUGCUUUACUGCAGCACUAAACAUGGCGUCCCAAUUUAGCGGUGUUUUGCAGUUGACAGAUCUAGAUGAUUUUAUCACUCCUUCCCAGGUAAAUAACACUUAACCAUAAAAAAUCAGCUUAUUAAACAUGUUUUACAUCAUUUUGGCUUAGGUCUAAUGUGGUUAUUUUAAUGUUAACGACCCACUGGUCGCCACUCGCAGUAGCUAGUUAACGUUACCUAGCUAGCUAGUUAGCUAACGUUUGCUAACCUCUUAAGUGCUGUCAAAUAGAGUAUUAUCUGUCCAACUUCCAAAGGCGUAUGUUGCUCUAUUGGCAUUGCUGUGUAAAUUGGUUGAAGCAAUGGUGGUUUUGAAUUGAAAGCGCAUGUUUUCGUGUUUUAAUCUAGCUAGCUAGUCGCGCAGGCUGGUGGGAGGAGUUAUAGGAGGACGGGCUCAUUGUAAUGACUGGAAUGGGAUCAUGGAAUGGAGUCAAAUACGUUGUUUCCUUCCAGCCUCCGCUACUAGCUAGUUGGUUUGCGCUCUCGCUAAGUAGCUAGGUCAUCGAAAUGACAUGUGACUCAUUUGACUAGCUAACUAGUUAACUUCCUAGGUUGAAGAACUUAGCCAAAGAUGUCCAAUUUUAUCUGUGACAGUUGUCUGUCGUCAGACACACCAUUAGUUCAUUUCACUUUAAUUUCAUUGGUCCUUAUACUGUAAGCACCUGGAUGUGACUAAGCUAGCUAGUAUUGUUUGUGAUUGUACUUUCCCUUUUUUUUAUUGCUACUUGCUCUCCUUUCCUUUCCCAGGAAUGUGUGAAACCAGUCAAGGUGGAGAAGAAGCAAGGCAGAUCUGUGGCUAAAAUUCAAAUAGAAGAUGAUGGGAGCUAUUUCCAGGUUAACCAGGUGCGGAUGAUAUCACAUUGACUAACAUGUCAACUGUCAUGAGCCUGCUUCACUGAGGGUGAAUCUCAAAACUCCCAUGUUGCUUCCUCUUCUCAUCUCUCCUUCACCUGCACUUGGAUUGGUGAAAGCAAUAUGGCUGCCUUAUGGGAUUUGUUUUACUUUAUCAAAUUAAUUUGAGGAGAGGAUGCUACUUAUUGAGACACAUUUUCUUUCUCUCUGUUUACCUACAGUACAAUAUUACUCCACCUUGUUCUUUGUGUCUCCAGGAUGGUGGAAAGCAGAAGCUGGAGAAAGCUAAGAUCACUCUGAAUGACUGCCUGGCCUGCAGUGGCUGCAUCACCUCAGCUGAGAGUGUCCUUAUCACACAGCAGAGUCAUGAAGAGAUCUAUAGGGUGCUACGCAACAACAAGGUAGAGUAAGGUGUGAGUGUUGUCAGCCAUCUGAAGAUCCACAAACAGGACCCACCAGUCAUACUCAACCCAGAGUGUUCACUGAUGAUGAUGGUGUCUGUAUCCGUGCCAAUAAUUUAUUCCCUGUGUGUAACUAGUCUCCCUUCCUCUCCCCAGCAGGCGGGUGUACCAGAGCAGAAGGUGGUGGUGGUGUCUGUGUCCCCACAGUCCAGAGCCUCCCUGGCAGCACGCUAUGGCCUGAGCAGCAGUGAGGCGGGCAGGAGGCUCACCGCCUUCUUCAAGGGUCUGGGUGAGUGGGAAGGUUAAAAGAUAAACAUUUGUGUAAUAUAGGACAUCAGUUUAUCUGACACAUUAGUGAUCUACAUUAUAUUUAGAUAAAAUAUACUGACUGUUGUGUUUCAGGGGUUCACCACGUGUUUGACACCAGCUUCAGCCGGACCUUCAGCCUGUUGGAGAGUCAGAGGGAGUUUGUGGAGCGGUUCCAUCGGAAGGGACAGGACAAGCAGGCCCUGCCCAUGCUGGCCUCUGCCUGCCCAGGUAACCAGCUGUACCUCAACCCAUUCACUAGUCCCUGAUUAUCUCCAGGCCAGAAUCCUUUCAAUAGAACUUCAGAAACCAAGGCCCAAUUUCACAAAGUUCCUCAGAUUAGAAGUGGGUGGGUGCUUAUAUUUGUCCUAUUUCACACAUGUACAAGUGUGUAUUAAUUGGAAAUGUGUUUUUUUGCAUAUCCCAACUCCCCCUGAGAUACCCUCAGAGAGUGGGGUCACGGCCAGAAGAGGGAAUAAGAGGAAUAAGAGAAUAGAUCAUCUCCUACUCUGAGACACUUUAUAAAUACAGGCCCUGGUCUCUUCCAGGUCCAGUAAUAAUACAGGCUUGUGUUGUGUUCAGGUUGGAUCUGCUAUGCAGAGAAAACCCAUGGAGAGUUCAUCCUGCCCUACGUCAGCACCACCCGCUCCCCACAGCAGAUGAUGGGCUCUCUGGUGAAGGGCUUCUUCGCUGGCCAGCAGGUUGGUAGGGGCUCAUUGACACCCAUGGUGUCCUGCAUGGGUCUGUUUUUUGGAGCCGCACCCGUCCCGCGCCAGCCACAUCAAUUCUGAUCUCCACCCGAUACCAGACAUCAGGACAUAUUUUUCUGUGCAACCCGACCCAUCCGCAUAAAAUUGUUCUGAGAGCUGAUACAUUAUCUGCCAAAUAACAUCGAUUUAUUUAGUGUUUAUGACUCCUGAGUAGUAGGCUAAUAUUCCCCUUCCCUGCAUGAGUGAAUUUGUCUGCAUGUCUAUUCAACAUGAAUUAAGAACUAUAUAUAUUUUUUCUUCACAAUGCUAUGCAUUGACAACUGAAAUCGCUUUGAAAAAAGGAGCCUUCUAAUUAGCCGCCUUACCUAAUGAAAGCCUAUAGCCGACAUAACAAAACAAGACCCUUACAUUCAGUAUUGUUUAGAUAAUCAAAUAGUUUAAUUGAAACUUAAAGGGAUUCUCCGGUACAUUUGUAUACUUUUUAGCCUGUAGUUCUGAAAGUAGCGUCCACGAGCUAAAAGUGGUCCCCGAAAAUUGUGUACUACAUCACAUAUUUGCAUAUACAGUGGGGAGAACAAGUAUUUGAUACACUGCUGAUUUUGCAGGUUUUCCUACUUACAAAGCAUGUAGAGGUCUGUCAUUUUGAUCAUAGGUACACUUCAACUGUGAGAGACGGAAUCUAAAACAAAAAUCCAGAAAAUCACAUUGUAUGAUUUUUAAGUAAUUCAUUUGCAUUUUAUUGCAUGACAUAAGUAUUUGAUCACCUACCAACCAGUAAGAAUUCCGGCUCUCACAGACCUGUUAAUUUUUCUUUAAGAAGCCCUCCUGUUCUCCACUCAUUACCUGUUUUAACUGCACCUGUUUGAACUCGUUACCUGUAUAAAAGACACCUGUCCACACACUCAAUCAAACAGACUCCAACCUCUCCACAAUGGCCAAGACCAGAGAGCUGUGUAAGGACAUCAGGGAUAAAAUUGUAGACCUGCACAAGGCUGGGAUGGGCUACAGGACAAUAGGCAAGCAGCUUGGUGAGAAGGCAACAACUGUUGGCGCAAUUAUUAGAAAAUGGAAGAAGUUCAAGAUGACGGUCAAUCACCCUCGGUCUGGGGCUCCAUGCAAGAUCUCACCUCGUGGGGCAUCAAUGAUCAUGAGGAAGGUGAGGGAUCAGCCCAGAACUACACGGCAGGACCUUGUCAAUGACCUGAAGAGAGCUGGGACCACAGUCUCAAAGAAAACCAUUAGUAGCACACUACGCCGUCAUGGAUUAAAAAUUAUGCAGCGCACGCAAGGUCCCCCUGCUCAAGCCAGCGCAUGUCCAGGCCCGUCUGAAGUUUGCCAAUGACCAUCUGGAUGAUCCAGAGGAGGAAUGGGAGAAGGUCAUGUGGUCUGAUGAGACAAAAAUAGAGCUUUUUGGUCUAAACUCCACUCGCCGUGUUUGGAGGAAGAAGAAGGAUGAGUACAACCCCAAGAACACCAUCCCAACGUGAAGCAUGGAGGUGGAAACAUCAUUUUUGGGGGAUGCUUUUAUGCAAAGGGGACAGGAUGACUGCACUGUAUUGAGGGGAGGAUGGAUGGGUCCAUGUAUCGCAAGAUCUUGACCAACAACCUCCUUCCCUCAGUAAGAGCAUUGAAGAUGGGUCGUGGCUGGGUCUUCCAGCAUGACAACGACCCGAAACACACAGCCAGGGUAACUAAGGAGUGGCUCCGUAAGAAGUAUCUCAAGGUCCUGGAGUGGCCUAGCCAGUCUCCAGACCUGAACCCAAUAGAAAAUCUUUGGAGGGAGCUGAAAGUCCGUAUUGCCCAGCGACAGCCCCGAAACCUGAAGGAUCUGGAGAAGGUCUGUAUGGAGGAGUGGGCCAAAAUCCCUGCUGCAGUGUGUGCAAACCUGGUCAAGACCUACAGGAAACGUAUGAUCUCUGUAAUUGCAAACAAAUGUUUCUGUACCAAAUAUUAAGUUCUGCUUUUCUGAUGUAUCAAAUACUUAUGUCAUGCAAUAAAAUGCAAAUUAAUUACUUAAAAAUCAUACAAUGUGAUUUUCAGGAUUUUUUUUUUUGAUUCUGUCUCUCACAGUUGAAGUGUACCUAUGAUAAAAAUUACAGACCUCUACAUGCUUUGUAAGUAGGAAAACCUGCAAAAUCGGCAGUGUAUCAAAUACUUGUUCUCCCCACUGUAUGUGCUCCACGUCAUUGCUCUCUCUUUCGCACUGCUGUGUGUGAUUCUUGCUAGUUGUCACUCAAAUGGCGAUGGGCUGAAUCUCAUUGGCUGGAACUCGAUUUGCUAGGGGGCUGGCCCAUGUGGGGGAAAGUUAGGGAAAAUGCCGCAGCACAGCUUCCAGAAAAUAGUCGCUUUCAAACUAGGGAUUUCGUGGCUAAUUGAGGUAAGACAGUAAUUCUGCUCAUGGAUUAUGCAUGUAUGAACUACACAUUGAGACAUCCAGCCCAAAGCCUCAGGUUAAAAAAAAUACUUACUAGUCGCUAAAGUACCUCAUGUCUUUCCCAGAAUAAUUUAUUUAGUAGGCUACACUUUUACCAGCGGCACUGGUUUAAACGUUAUAUGGCCUGCAUAGGGUCUAAAUGUACAAAAGCCUGAAUUAACAUAAUCAUUCACUAAUAAUUAACUGAAUUAUCAUAAACAAAUACCUGCUUGCACUUUUUGCAGGCUGUGCAUCCAUCUACCGGGUUGUUGUCCUUGUCCAUAAUGACUCCAAAAUCCUUCCAAAGUGGGGAUUUCACUCGCCCCAGCACCUUUUUCCAUGAUUGUGUAUUCCCCGAUAAUAACUUUUAUUUUAUUUGUCCUGUUACAUUAGCCAUUUUUGCAUGAGAUAGGCUAGCCAGGUAAAGUAAACUUGGCAAUGUAUUCUCACAUGGGGGAAGGGAACAUAAGCUCUGCAUGUGGACAAAUUAAAAUGUUUCAGCACCACACAAAUAAUGGACAGUUCCCUGCUCCACACUUUCAUUGCGUGCGUGGCUGCUAUGUCUGCCUCACCGCUCACAGAAUGGAAUUCACAUAGCAAUGCAAAACAACAAGCUCCUGGGUUUGUAAAUUUUAACAAAUAAAAACAUCUUGAUUUAAAAAGUUUCUGACCCGCAAUAUAAUUGUUUUGAACCGAAAGCCAACCUGCAAAAAAAAAAAAAUGACACCCGCCAGCCGAUGAUGCAGGAGUCUGACACUCAGCAUGGAUCAGGGAUGCAGACUGCAGGGUUAAAUAUCUAGAUGUUAGUUAUGGAAUAGAGUAAAUGGAGUCAGGUGAUAUAGAGCAGAGAUGUAGAGUAACGUUUAAUAGAUGAUAUUAAGAAUGUGUGUUCAUUUUCGAUGAUGAUUCUAUCAUGUCUGUAUAGUAGGAUGAGAUCUUCUAAAGGAUAUGACUGACAGGUGUGUUGUUGUUGCAGGGCCUGAGCCCUCAGCAGAUCUACCAUGUGACUGUGAUGCCCUGCUAUGAUAAGAAACUGGAGGCCUCCAGGCCUGACUUCUACCUGGAGGAGGCUGAGACCAGAGAGGUGGACUGUGUCAUCACUUCAGGUAGGGAGGACACUAAACCACUAUGGCAGAUAAUAUUCAAAGUGUGUGUGUGUCUGUGUGUGUUUUUCUGUUUUGAAUCACAUUUUUAAAUGUACAUUUUAUGAUGCCCGUUUCUGUUUAUUUCAUGACAGGAGAAGUUCUGAAGAUGCUAGAGGAAGAGAAAGUGUUGCUCAGCGACGUGGAGCCAGCCCCAUUCGAUACAAUGUAAGGGUUUGAACGUCAUCAUCUUUUACAUUUUAGUCAUUUAGCAGACGCUCUUAUCCAGAGCGACUUACAGUUAGUGAAUGCAUACAUUUUCAUACUGGCCCCCCAUGGGAAACGAACCCACAACCCUGGCGUUGCAAGCGCCAUGCUCUACCAACUGAGCUACAGGGGACUUUUACAUGUAAAUGACUACAUACUUGUAUGUCAGGAGAACUCCAGAAGGUGUGUUUGUGCGUGCGCCGCGUGCGUCAGGAGAACUCCACACUUGCUGAUGUGUGUGUGCGCACUUGUGUCCCUGCAGGUUCAGCAGUGUGUGUGGUGAUGAGUUGCUGGGUCAUGCAGGGAGCGGUUCAGGAGGAUACCUCCAUCACGUGUUCACACACGCUGCCAGACAGCUGUUUGGAGAGGAGGUGAAGGAGCUCACUUACAAAACACUCAAGUAAGUCAGUCGGGUCCUGCAGUAUUAAAGCCCUGUUAGGAGCUCACCUCAGCUAAUUAGUUAGCAUUCACUUAGUUGUGUCAACUGUGAAAUAGUGCAGGCAAAAUACUCAGUCUCUCUUUAUUUCGAUGAGAUUUGCAGGGAAGUCUGCCUCUGCAUCCUAUCAGCCAUGGGAAGUAUAGAUUUGUUGAGAAGAAUAACCUUGAAAUUAGAGCAAGUUGAAGAAACAGUCGUUUGUUAUUGGACAAGUCCAAGAAGUCCUUGUUUCAGUGUGAUUUAUUUCGUUUGGUGCCUAAUGAACACAACCCUGAUGAACCUGUCCCCUAUAGGAACAAGGACUUCCAGGAGGUGACCCUGGAGAGGGACGGUGUGGUCGUGCUGCGUUUCGCCGCAACCUACGGUUUCCGCAACAUCCAGAACCUGGUGCAGAAACUCAAGAGGGGCAAGUCACCCUACCACUUUGUAGAGGUCAUGGCCUGUCCGUCAGGUGAGGAAAGAGGAGGCUUUGUUUGUUGGCUUGUUGGUUUACAUUUUAGUUUAAUAUAAACACAAGAUACUAUAUACAAUUGAAUGAAGAAAAAAACAUGCAUGAGGGUGGAAUUGAAUUAUAAUGUCAUGUCCAUUUAUUUAUUUACUGCUAUGGUUGAAAUCUUUAUUCUACACCUGCACAGAAGCUACCACAGGCAAUCUAGUAUUAGAAAGCACACUGCAUGAAUUCCCCUGAGGAAAGGUUCCUCUUUGUAAAGGCAUUUUUUUUAGUUCAAGUCUAACUGAAUUUGUAAAACCGGGUUGUGUGUUGUUUCCUCACUGUGUGUGUAUACAGGUUGUCUGAAUGGGGGAGGCCAGGUGAAGCCCUUACCAGAGCAGAACAACAAGGAGUUACUACAGCAGGUGGAGGACCUGUACAGGGAGGAGCGUCCUCUAGUGCCCGAGGAGGACCAGCGCGUGGCAGAGCUGUACCAGUCCUGGCUACAGAGUGUAGGAGAGGAGAGAGCCAGGGAGCUGCUGCACACACAGUACCAUGCAGUGGAGAAGGCCUCCAACGGACUCCUUGUCAAAUGGUGAAGAAGAGGGUGAAAGGAUGUUGAGGGGUUUCUGGCUUCUGUAAGUGAAUGUAAGACUGUCAGGGUACAUCUCAAUAGUGGCCUCCUCUGUUUCAUCUCCAUUGAGCUUAACACAUAUUAGGUGAAAGCAGCAUGGCGGAUUCUUGUCGGGUAUUUUCUGUCACUUCUAGUUCUUUAAUAACAGUAGAAAUCAGUGGAGCUUGGUGGGAGGAGCUAUAGGAGGGCUCAUUGUAAUGGCUGGAAU